AUGGCACGGCUUCAGAAAGCCCUGCUUGGUUUGCAGCUGCUCCUGGCACCCCCCGGGCGAAGAAGCCUCGGGCUGCAGCCCCGGCCGUCGCCAAGAGCAGAGUCCAGCCCACGAGGCCGGGGACAGCGACGGUGCCGCCGUGCCGCGCUGCCGUGGGGCUCCUGCAGCCGCCUGUGCGCGCUGCCCGGGCCCGGCUCUGCCGCUCGCCAGCCCGUCGGCUGCGGGGCAGUAACGCUGCCCGGCGCGCAGCAGGGAGCAGGUGAGAGCGGCGCGCCCGCGGGGCCCGGCCCGCUGCACUGGCGGGCACUGGGGGUUCCUGGGCGCGGGGCUGAUGGCUGCGCUCGGCCUUUUGCAGGGCAAAAGAGGGAGCUGCAGGAGCUGUACCAGCUGGGCCCGCAGCUGGGCAGCGGUGGCUUCGGCACCGUUUUCUCGGGCAUCCGCCUGUCCGACGGGAGCCCGGUGGCCAUCAAACGCGUGGCCCGGGAGAGCGUCCUGCAGUGGGUCGAGCUGCCCGACGGCACCCGCGUGCCCAUGGAGAUCGUGCUGAUGGAGAAGGUGCGCUCUGGCUGCUACAACAUCAUCCAGCUCCUCGACUGGUUCGAGCUGCCUGACAGCUUCGUGCUGGUGAUGGAGCGGCCGGAGGCAUGGCAGGAUCUCCCGCAGUUCCUGCUGGAGCAUGGGUUGCUGAGCGAGGAGGCGGCGCGCUGGCUUUUCGUCCAGGUGCUGGAGGCCGUGCGGCACUGCACCGCCUGCGGCGUCCUGCACCGGGACAUCAAGCCGGAGAACCUCCUCGUGGACCCGGAGAGCGGCGACCUGAAGCUCAUCGACUUCGGUUGCGGCACCUUCCUCCAGGAGCGGGCCUACACGCGGUUUGCCGGAACGCACGCCUACAGCCCGCCCGAGUGGAUCUGGCUUGGCUGCUACCACGGCCAUGCGGCCACCGUCUGGUCCCUGGGCGUGCUGCUGUACGUCAUGGUGUGCGGGAGCCUCCCCUUCGAGGACGACCAUGCCAUCGUGCUGGGGCAGCUCUUCUUCUGGCAGCAGGUCUCUCCAGAGUGCCAGCAUCUGAUCCGCUGGUGCUUGGCCAAGCACCCCGCGGAAAGGCUGCAGCUGGAGGAGAUCCCGCGCCACCCUUGGGUGCAGGGCAGGCGUUUUUGA